GGUGGGGCCCGCUUGAAAUCCCGGUUUUACCCCUGGCCAGCCUCUCUGCUCUUCCUCGAAGCGACACACCGGCGGACGGCGGCGACGGUGGUAAUCGACGGCGGGGGCACCCUCCCGGCGACAGCUACAACCAUGGAAGCUAGGGUUCAUCGCUGCACAUUGGGGAAUUUCGUGUGAAGGACUACUUCUUCAGUCAACAUAUACAAAUGACAUUACAGUAACUAGUUUUGGGCAUCUAUCAUCAAAUACAUUUGAAAGAAUUGUUUUGAGGCAAAAAGGGCAAAUAAUCAUAGUUCAAUGUAAAGAGUGGCAAAAGGCAAUUGCAAUGUAACUAGUGGCAAAUUGUCAAAAUGCAAAGUAAAUUGUGGCAAAAUAAUUAAAUUCUCCAUUGAACUCUGUAUCAAUACGUAAUAGCCAAGAACUCCACAUUUCGUGAAUCUGUGUGUCCUCCCAAAAUAUAUUUUAUGAACCUAUCACUUCCUGACGGGGAUGUGUAUUUAUACUGCUCCUUAAUUUGAACUGUAUGUAUUAGUUCUUUAUUGUCUGGUAUGUGUUCCUCUUAAAAUAUCUCAUUUUCCACUUGGACUGUUAAUGCUCGUGGCAUAUAAUGUGAGGUUUUUAAGAUAAUAAAGUGCUUACAAACCAAAUGUUAAGUUUAUGUGUGGUGAGAUCAUAGUGAGGGUAAGUGUACCAAAUAGACUCGUUUCUACUGAUCAAAUAUGAAAAUGUGUGUUGCUCGUCAAAGUGCACGAACAACCUUGCAUAGUUAGUUUGACACGGCCAUAAUCAUCUCGAAUUCUCGAGUCUGUGUGCUCACAUAGUCUGCUCCCAAAUAGAAAAAUAUUUAUAUGAUUCUUGUUAGCUCAAAGUAUGUUAGUUUUUUUUUCCUCAAAACGUCAUUGCCUCUAAUGGUCAGGUCGAGCCCAGACUAGCCUAUCACAAGGGUCAACACGCAAGCGCCGCCAAGAAAUUGAUCGAGGAUCGGGGUCGCGAAGGGAAACGAGACGAGCGGUCGAUAGGGAUGGAGGCUGCGGUGCGGAAGAUGCAGCAGAGGGUGAGGAAGGCACGGGAGGAGACGGAGCGAUGGGAUGACCUCAAUUCCCGCCUCCUGUCCCACUUCUCCAAUGCCGCCGCCAUCAUCACCCGCCUUCCAGGAGGAUCUCUUGGGGGUGCAGAUGGAGAGCUUGGAGCUCAUAUUUGUUUCAAUGAGGGAGGCUCUGUAAGCUGCUGUCACUGUUGUUGCAACCGCUUUUGGGAGGAGUUCAGUGUCAUUUCCAAAGGUUUGAGCAAGGUACUACGCGAUACUAAUCAGAUGGUGAGGGGUGGAUUGGCAUUCAAUGCGAAACAGUUGCAAUUACAAGUGGGAAUUUUGCCAACUAUUGCGGAUUGCUUGGGUGGGCUACAAACGCUGUCUGAUAUGCACCAGGCUGAGUAUGCGCUAAAAUCAUCAAUCAUCUCUUUGUUGACAUGGAAAAGCAGUUCAAGUGAAAUCGCUGCAAUGCGUCAACUCUUGGUAGACCAACCAAACAUACCGAAAGAUGAAGUGCAAUCUAUUUUCGACAUUAUAUUUGCGGAUGAAAUUUGUUAAGUUGAGUGUGUAUCCUACCAUCGGGAGCCUUAUUGCCAAGACAUGUUGAAGCCACUGUAUUUUGAUCUACUUUCUUAUAUCUGGACAAAGCAUGAAGGAGUCUGCAGUUUCAGGUUUAGUGGCUCCAAUUCCUAUAGCAAUCGUGACAAGGCUGAAAUUAAUUUACAGAACCGUUUAGCUUGUAAACCUGUAAGUCGGUGCAUAGUGCGGUCGACAUAUUGGGAAGUAGCGCUAUUGAUCUGCUGCAACUUAAAGUGGUCUACUGGAAAUAGUUACUGGGAGUUUUUUUUUAGAGAAAAGUAUACUUUUCGUCCCUUAAUUUUUGGUGAAGUCUAGAUUUGGUCCCUUAACUUAAAAACCGGACAACUUGCACCCCCAACUACAGAAACCGGACAAGGUUCGUCCCUGGACUCAGUUUUGACCGGUUUUGGUGUUGACUCACCCCGGUUUUGACCGGUGCUCACUCAUAUUCCUGUAAUUUUUUUAUAUCAGUGAACUUCUUCAAAAAUAAACAUACUUUUUUCAAAUCAGCGAACUGUUCUAAAAUUCGCGUACUUUUUUCAAAUCCUUGAUUUGUUAACAUUUACGUACUUUUUCCAAAACCCCGUAUUUCUCCCAAUUUUGCGUAAUUUUAUCAAAUCCAAGUAUUUUUCAAAGCCAUGAACUGUUUUUGAAAUUCGCAUACUUAUUUCAAAUCCACAUGCUUUUCGAAGUCCGCAUUUUUUCAAAUCCAUGUUCCUUUUAUAAUCCAUGAACUUUGUUUGAAAUUCACGUACUUGUUUCAAGUUGAAAUAAUUUUUGAAAUCCACAUAUUUUUGUGUAAAAGAAGUCCAUAUCCACGUAUUUUUUUCAAGUUCGCAUAAAAUUUUCAAAAUUCAUGAACUCUUUCAAAAAAAAAUGUAUUCUAAUAUGAAAAGGUACAUAAAUUUUUAAAAAUUAAAUGAACUUCAAAAAACCAAAUGAACUUUUAAAAAAUACGCAUAUUUGAAAAAGUACAUGAACUUGGGAAAAGUACACAGAUUUAAAAAAAGUACACAAAUUUUAAAAAGGUUCAUGUAUUUGGAAAAAGUAACCGAAUUUGAAAACAUUACGUGGACCUAGGAAAGGUAGGCAAAUUUGAGUCGGAACGGUCAAAACCAGCGUGGGACAGGACCAAAACCGGUCAAAACCGUGACCAGGGAUGAAUCUUGUCCGGUUUCAUAAGUUAAGGAUGCAAAUUGUCCGGUUUUGAAGUUGAAGGACCAAAUCUAGACUCUGCAAAGAAUUGAGGGACGAAAAAUAUACUUUUCUCUUUUUUUUUAUAUAUAAAGCUACUGAGAGUUUCUUGCGUGAAGCUGCUAAUGUGUGUACGAUUAUGACCUAACUUUGCACAUCUGGCCCUUUGUUCUCUGUUGUACUCCCUCUGUAAAGAAAUAUAAGAUCGUUAUAUAACUAUCGUUCCUGGAGAUUACGAAUUUGUUUUAUAUCUUUCAAACAUUUUUUGAGGGAU